AUGAUCGCAUGGGCAAAAUCAAUCGUGGGGAUGAAGCCGAACGGGUGGAGAGCCCCCCGGAAGUGGCUUCCAACCCCCGCAGAGCACCGGAGGCUGUUCGGGUCAAGCACCACACCCGAUGAGCUCACCACAAAAGUCAUAAUGGAGAAUAACUACGGACACAUAAAACAGAUGAAGAGCCAGGAAUUGAGAGUACUCUCAGAAAACUGCAGCAACAAGAAAAUCCGAGACGUAGUUUUAUGGAGUGAGAUAUCCAGAAAUGCUAUUGACCGAUGUGACGAGUUUAAGUACUUCGACGCAGUGCUGUUGCUGAGCUCGUUUGAAAAGAUGAAUAUGACAGAUGAUCACUUAUAUAAAACUUUUGCUCAUGUCUUUGUAAAGCAAAUAAAUCAUAUGGAGCCAAGACACAUUAUCAUGCUAAUCAAUUUGUAUUGCAAAGCCAACUUAUUUCCACGGGUAUUAUUUGUCCAAAUUUUUCAUGCCAUAGUUAGAUACUGUUCGAAAUUUUAUCCAGAGGAGUAUGUCGAUCUGCUGAUCUGUUUUGCCAGCUUAAACAUUUCGAAUGCGGAUCUGAUGAGAACUCUUUGUAAAUCUAUGGUGAAGAAUGUGAACCUGUUUGAUUAUACCCACUUGUGUUGUAUUGUUGGAUGUCUUCGACGGUUGGACGUUCAUGACGAUGUCAUUUAUUACGUAUUUGAUGAGAAACAACAGAAGGAGUUAAAAUUGCUAACCACACAGGAGGUGUUUGAUCUUAUGAAAAAGGUGAAGCUACUUAAAUACAGUUGGGAUCUAUACGAGAAAGAUUUACUUGAUGAAUUUUUAAGACGCAUUGAGACCUUCCAGGGGGAGGAAGACAUCAACCAGCUGGAAGACCCCUUCGUUUGUUUAAAUUUCCUCGUGUCUAAGAAGUACGUAAGAAACAACUUUCUCAUCGCACUUAGCAAAUGGUGUGCGUCACAUGUGUAUGAGUAUCCUUCACGGUCCGCCAAGCGACCCCUCGCUUACCAACUCAUUAUGCUAUACCAACUGAUGCAAGAACGCGACGUUAAGAAUUAUCACUUUAUUGAGAAGGCUAUCCAUAGGUUCGUCAUAAGUCGGGGGGGUUUGGCUGUCAACCGGGAUAAGAUGACCAAGCCAGUUUCGUAUCAGAAGGGACGUAAGUAUAUCUUCACUCGGGACCCCCUCGAGGGGAAACGCCCGGCGGAGCUGGACGCGUCAAGCGGCCCUCUUGCAGAGCAGCCCACUGGUGAGGAUUCCUAUAUACACGAUGACAUACCGCACGGGAUGAACGAAGUCGAGGGGUAUAUCUCUCCACAGCGUUACUCUGACCCGGAGGAGCCAACCCCUAUGACGGAGAAACAGCGGUCCAUCACUCUGAGCCUAGGGGAAGGGACUGAGCGCAAGAAACCUUCCAUACAUUCGCACGGAAGGCACUUCAACUUUAAGCUGCGGCAGCGGACAAAGCGCGUGAAAAAUGGCCCCGUCCCGGUUGACACGUGA